AUGGCACGCCCCUCGGAGACGGGGAGACCCUCCUCUGACCUCGUCACCCUGAGGGUCAGGACACUGGCAAGCGCCUCACACGAAGUGGAGGUGUCUCGGCAUAUCACCGUUGCCGAUCUGAAGCGGGAGCUGGUAUCAAGGACCAACAUACCUGUGGAGCGCCAGCGGCUCAUUUACCACGGCAGGGUCCUGCAGGACGGGGACGUCUUGUCCAGCCACGGAAUCGAUGAUGGCCACACGCUGCACUUGGUGGAGCGGCCGGCGGAUGCACCCCAACCGCAGUCCCAGCCGCCAACAGGCCAGCCACAGUCCCAGAUGGCCAGAUUGUCCAUGAACUUGCCGGGAAAUACGGUUGGGGCUAUGCAAGAGGUCCUGCAGGAACUCCUUGCUUCUUUUGGAGGCGAAGGUGCUGUGCCUCUUGGUGUGCAAGUCAGCACAACCACUACCACUGCUGGGGGUACAGGCUCGGGGCAAGGCUCAUCUAUGAACGUCACCAUGGGGUCACAAGCUGCUAGUCAACAAGGAGGGACUCCACCUGCACCUAGUGGACAUGUUGAGGAGGUGCCCCAUCUGUUGGCAUCUGUUCACAACUACCUUCAGCGCCUAGAGAAUGCCAGUGUGCCAACCAGGAUGCUUCCUAUUGUGUCAUUGCAGCAACAGCAGCCAGGCAUGGCGCAUGACCUUGCUGCGCUUACUGAAGCUGCUUGUGCAGUUCUGGGGAGAGAGGAUGUUAAUGAGCGGGUUCAACAGCAGAUUGGGGCAGCGCAGCGGUGGGUCCAGGACAUACGCCAGGGUGGCCAGAAUCCAUCAGCAACACAACCACCAGCUGGUACCCCACCACAAGGUGGGCCGCCCCCUCGUUCCCAACCCUAUCCCCACUUGCUACUGUUGGUGUCUGUCUUGGGGCACCUUGUCAAGCGAAUGGACAACCUUCUCCGCUCCAGGGCGUCUCUCAGCCUAUCGAAUGCAUGUGCACAGCUGCUGUCAGCCACAGCUGUGGACGACUCCAAUCAGGAGAUCCUUGCAGGCAGCAUUCGGCAAAUUGCAUCAACACUGAAUUGGUAUGGGGCUCUCAUUGUGGAACUUGCACGAAUAGCUUCUGGCUUGGUGCCUGCUCUGGAGGGGAACAUGUUGCCCUUGGCAGUGAACACAGCAUCUGUGAUCACUCCUGAUGGUGCUUUCCCAAGUUUUAGGCUGCCAACUUUGUUGCCUAGAGGCAGCCAAGAUGGCCUUGGUGUCUUGGAUCCCACGACUGGUCGACUGCGCUCUGCUCAGCUGACAGCAGCAAAUGGGAGGCGCGUGACGAGACAAGUGACCCAAGGGCAGCAAGCGGUAGCACAAGGUCGUCAACAGGCAACAGGCAACCAGGCCCUUGGGGAUACCAUCGCAUCUGCUGUGAGCCAGAUGGCUGCCGACAUGUUCAGUACUUCCAAUCGAAGGCCAGCUGGUCAAGGUGCAGAAGCCAACACUGGGAAUCUUGUGCAGAGUGUGAGGGCUGCAUUCGGUCAGGGCACAGACGGCGGGCCACCUGCACCUCGCGGACUCACAGUGGGUUCUGGUUCCAGCCAGAUUUCUGUUGCAAUAGGUCUGGCAGCGCCACCGUCGCAGGCAUCGAGUGGUGGCUCUGAACCCAGAGGCGGGGCAGCAGCAGAACAGGCCAGCGGACAGGCCAGAUCACCUACACCUGGUGCCAGGCAACAGGCAGCUGAGGCGUUAGGCGGGACCCAGCAGGCGGGUGCCACUGAAGGAUCGGAUUCUUCAGCUGCGAACACUACUGAAAGUGGCCAGGAUGCACAGAGGGACAUAUUGGGCUCUUCUCAGGCUGCUGCACCCAGAACAACCCAGCCCAGGGGUCUGGGCAUGAGCUUGGGUAGAAGGGGCCCAUCUCAGCCGAGGGACCAACGGCCUGCAGCAGCAGCAGCAGCACCUGCGGCGCGUGACUCACAGGCAGAAAGGGUUCCAACAGCUGCUGGCAGGCCAGGUGCAGGUCUGGACAUCGGGACAGUGCUGGAAUCCAUGGCACCCUUGCUAGGUGGUGGCUCCAACCCAUCUCAAGCCCAAACAGAGCCUGGAGGUGGUCUUAUGCAGGUGUUUCAGAGUUUGGCAAGCAACCCUGCUGUGCAGCAAAUGGCUUCAAACCCUGCCAUUCAGAGGAUUGUUGAGGAUGUUGCUGGCGAUGAGUCAGGGCCAGGGGAUCUGGGGAGCAUCAUGAGCAGGAUGAUGCCCAUGGUGGGCCCCUUGGUGAGUCAACUUCGUGGUGGGCAAGGUACAGGUGCACCCACAACAUCACCAACAGAGGGUGGCAGGAGCUCUGAGGACCAAAGCACAGUCAGGCGUGAAGACAUCGACUCCGCAAACGAUGGCGAACCUGACAAUGCAUGGGAAGGCGAGCUCUCUCCAGAGGAUGCUACCAGGUGGCGGGAAUUGAUCCAGGCCGAUGAGGCGGCUCAGGGGUCGUUGCCCCAGCAGCCACCCUUCAGCGACGCCUAUAUUGCUGGGAUGGAUUCUAGCAAGGUGGACAGCAUGUCUCUUGUGAGUGAGAGUGAGCAAAAAAAUGACGGCUGUGGUGGGCGAGUUAGUGAAGAAGGCUAG